CGACGGACCAGUGGAGGGAGAUGACGUCCGAGUGCGGACACCUCGAGCAGCUGCGGGAGGUGUCCACAAGCCUCGAGGACAAGAGCUUCCUGAGUGUUCUGGACAGUGGCAGUGCACGGUGCAAGUGCGGGGCUGCCGACCCGAGCUUGCUGUGGCGGUGCCUGGGUGACUCGUGCGGUCGGGUCUCAUGCGGACGGACCGUUCGCGGCCACGCGCUGAAGCAUGCUUCCCGGAACGGAGCCGGGCACUCGGUGUGCAUCAAUGUGGCAAGCGGGCAGGUGUGGUGCUACGGAUGCGACGACGAGCUGUGGAUCGAUGCGACAACAGCCAACGCCAAGGCCAUUCUCCGGUUCCGCGCCCUGCUCCGCGGCGACGACCCGGACGCGCCCGACGACGAGGGCGAGGUGGCGGACAUGGCGCUGUCAGACUCGGCGCUGUCGAUGCCCGGCCUGCCGGCGCUUUGCACUCCGCAGCUCGACGAGGAGGUGCUGGCGGCUGGUGCCCGCCCGGGCUCGGGCCUCUGUGGCCUGCGCAACCUGGGCAACACGUGCUUCCUCAACUCGGCGCUGCAGACCCUCUCCAACUCGCCGCCACUCCACCGAGUCAUGCUUGCGCUCGAGCCGGAAAUGCUUCCAGCGCCGCGCUCGCGCGUUGCGCUCCUUCCCAAGUUCCACACCCUCAUCCGCGCCAUGUGGACUGCCCGUCGCGACUACCUCGCGCCGUCUGACCUUGUCCGCGCUGUUCAGGUCAUCAACCCCGUUUUCCGCGGCUACGCCCAGCACGACUCGCAGGAGCUGCUCCGCACUGUAGUUGACCGCCUGCACCAAGAGCUUACCCUCGAGCUACGGGGUCCGCCGCCUGAGGCGCCCAAGAAGGCACAGGCCCAGGGCCCGGCCAAGGUUCAGGAGAAGGCAGCGAAAGCCAAGGCAAAAGCCAAGGCAAAAGCCAAGGCCAAAGCCAAGGCAAAAGCCAAGGCCAAAGCCAAAGCCAAGGCCAAGGCGGCCCAUGGGCUCUCGGUCACCUCAUCAAGCUCCGACUCGGCCUCGCCCGAGCCGUCGUCCCCGUCGGCGUUUUCGUCGGCGUCGCCGCUGUCACACGAGCACGGCUCUGAUGCCGGCUCGGACGGCUCGGACGGCUCGACCCGUCGCAAACUCGAGGCCUCGCUCAUUGCCGACAUCUUUGCCGGCGAAAUGGUGUCUUCGGUCACAUGCUCCAACUGCGGGACGGUGUCUGCCACGCGCGAGCCGUUCUUUGACGUCUCGGUCGAGAUCCCGUCCAAGAAGGCGCGCGCCAAGCUCAAGGGAAGGACCUCGCACCUGCUGGGCGAAGUCGGCGCCGCCGCGCUUGACGCUGACGCCUCGCCCGGCGGCGGCACCUAUGUUGGUGGCGGUGAGCCGCCGCUCGGCGGCAGCAACGGCAAGCUGCAUGGCAAGGACAAGGGCAAGGGGAAGGGCAAGGCCAAGGCCAAGAGCAAGAGCAAGGGCAAAGCUCCUGCAAGUGACGAGGUGGCGGGCCCUGGUGGCGAGGCGGGCGGCGAGUCGGGCGGUUUCUUCCGCGGGCUUGCAUCGAUCUUUGGCCUUGGCGGCUCGUCACCGCUCACACUUCAAGACUGCCUCUACGCGUACUGUGCGCAGGAGAACCUUGUCGGGACCGAACGGUACCACUGCGAGAAGUGCGAUGAGAAGCACGACUCGCUGAAGGCGCUGGCGCUGGCGCGGCUCCCGGAAAUGCUCACCAUCCACAUCAAGCGCUUCCGCUAUGACUCGUACUUUGGCUCCAAGGUCACGACCCGGGUCGAGUUUCCGUUUGAGCUCGACGCUGCGCCGUUCCUCUCCCGCCGUGAGCCCGAUGUGACGACUGAGGCUGCUGCGGCGUCGUACCGCCUCUCGGGCCUGGUCAACCACCGCGGGUCGAUGACCGGCGGUCACUACGUGGCCUACUGCCGCAAUGCCGUCGACAACGAGUGGUACCUUUUCGACGACACGCGAGUCUCGCAGGUCACGCCCGACGCUGUCGCCGCCGCCGAGGCCUACAUCCUGGUCUACGAGCGGGUGGCGCCGCAGGCGCAGGCCGUUCGCGACCGGGUCUUCCGCGCCCUUGACGCUGCUGCCGGGGAUCUCGCCGCGCCCGACGUCGACAAAGACCUUGUCUACAUCUCGCGCCACUGGUACACCAAGUUCCGCGUCCUCUCGCGGCCCGGCCCGGUCUCGUCGGCCGACGUCGUGUGCGAGCACGGCGGCCUGGCCCUGCCGUCGCCGCUUGACAUGGCCGGCGAACUUCCGCCCGACGCACCGCUGCCGAUCUUUGGCAUUCCUGACCACGUCUACACACUGCUAGUCUCGCUCUUUGGCGCCGCCGAUCCACCGCUCCGCUCGCCGGAACCAUGCGCUGCCUGCCUUCGCGCCGCCCGCGCCAUGGCUGACCAGCGCGCCAAGGAAAAGCACUUUAUCGCACGCAACGACUCGUCGACCAUCGCCGAGGGCGAGUGCUGGUACCUCAUCUCCAACGGUUGGAUCGAGCGCUGGCAUGCCUUUACCACCGGAACCGACGUCCUUCCGGGCCCCAUCGACAACCAUAUUCUGCUCGACGACUCGGGUGAGCCGCUCCCGCGCCUCCGCAAGUCGUACGACUACCGCGGCCUCAACCGGGCCGUCUGGGACUUUUUCGUCUCGCAGCACGGCGGUGGCCCGCCCAUCGUCCGCGCCCAGCUCGACAUCUAUGAUCCCACGCCCAUCGCUACGACCUCACCGCAUUCGUCGUCGUCGUCUUCUCACGACGAUAGCGGACCUUCGGCUCAGGAGCGGGCGGCAGCGCGGGCGGCGGCGCUCAAGGCGGUCGAGGAGCGCAAGGUCGCGCGCGAGCGGGCGGCGGCGCUGGCCGAGGAUGCCUCAGUCUUUAGCUACACGUCGACGAGGCCCGAGCCCGAGGCGAGUGCAGCAGCUUCCCUUGCGCAGGCGCCCAAGGAGCAGUCCAAGUACAUUGCCAAACUAGUGGCCAAGGCCAAGGAGCGCGAGCUGGAGAUCGAGCUGGCGCGCGAGCGAAAGCUGCUGCGUGAGCAAGAGAACGGCGCCGAGGAGUUUGCCGAUAAGCCGGUCUACGUCACCCAGGCGUACAAGGACAAGCUUGCCGAACGCGACGCCGCCGUUGCGGCUCUGGCGUUGGCCGACACCGAGAUUGCGUCUCACAACGCGGCGUCGCCGGCCGAGUUUGCUCUCUCCGUCCGGGCUCCGCCGCCGGCGCCCGUAUCCGGCGCCCGAUCGCGGUCGCGGUCGCGCGAGCGUGACGUCGCACCUGGCGAUCCCCCUUCCCGGGCCCGAGCCCAGCGCAUGGCACCGUCGGUCGCGGCAGCCGUGGCGGCCGCUGAGGCCUCACGGAACCGCGAGGCAGCGGCUGAAGCCGCCGCCGCCGCCGCCGCCGCCGCCGCCGCCGAAGCGGCCAAGGCAGCGGCAGCUGCUGAGGCCGCCGCCGCCAAGGCUGCUAUGAUCGAGGCAGCUCGCCAGCGGGCGGUGGCACGGCUUGCAGCUCGAGCCUCCUAA